AAAAUUACACACAAACUUUGUUUUAUUUAUUGAAAAUUCUAAGAGGUUUGUUUAUACGAUUUAAACCUGACAUCCCUAUUUACAGUAUAAUCCUCCGCGGCGUUUGGUAUUAGGGAGUCAAGUGUUGCAAAAAAUCGAGUUGAUUUUUGAGUUCAGUGGAUUAUAGCAGAAAGCAAAUGGAGUAAAGCUUUUCUUUCACUGGAUUCUAUAAUGGGAUAAAUAUCUGGAUUAUGUUGUGCUUUUUCGAGUUUUGUAUUGAUUUACCAUUCAAGACUCCCCAAUUCCAAAAAGUGGUGGUUUAAAAUAACCAAAUCUUAAGUAUGUAAAUAUACAUACUUGUUAUUAAUACCAAGAAGAGAAUAAAGUUUUUAAAAAUUUGUUAACAUAAAAAAAAAUUAAAUGAGGCUCUUGAUGUAUUUUCCUAUGAGGCACCAAGUAAACUUGUAUCUUCAAUUAUUCAUCAAGUUUCGAGGUACACAGAUCAAUUUUACUUAUGAUCCGAAAGGAGCCAGAUAGACCAAGUGCAGGCGGAAGAAGACCACUGCUGGUGACAUUUGUCGGUAAUAACCGGCAGAUGUUGAAUGAAAUUCGAGACAGCCUUAGUCACCUGCGGAAAAAUGAUCUGGAGGGCUACAUUGAUCUGUCCAACCUCCAGCAUAAGCCUGAGUUGUCUCAGAGCACUCCAAACUUGCUGGAGAAAUCUGCUGGUAGCAAGAUGACCAGGCGGGAUAACCAGCAUCACCAAGCUCUUGCAGAGAUACGUGAUAGCCUCAGACCUUACCAGAAUGCCACAAAUGGGCCAAGCAACGGUGUCUCGGGUGCAGGUAGCACUGGUGGCAGUGAUAACAGCAGCACUAAUAGCUCCACCAGCUCCCAUGCUGCCAGUGAUGCAGAUGCCACUUCAAUGAGAGUACAGCAGCUUGUUCAAUAUGGUUUUGAUGAGGACAUUGCAGAGAGAGCCUUGAAAUUGAGUGGCAACAAAAGUGUGGAAGCAGCACUGCAGCUCUUGAUUCACAUUAUGGAAGACAAGCUGAAUGGAGGAAGAAAAAUCACAGGUCUUUCAAGAGCUACCUUUAGUCCGAGCAGUCCAGCGGCGUCAGAAACCAAUAGUGUAAGGUCAGAUAGUCCAAGCCUCAAUUCCACCCAACAUCGACCCAUCUUAGUAAAUGGAAUUCAGACUCCUCCUCCUUUACCACCUCGUGCCCCCAUUUCAACUCUGAGUGCAAACCACACCCCUCGUGGUCAAACCCCUCCUCCUGUCACAGAUGGUGUUGACAGUGCCAUGAAAGCUGGUAACAGCUUACAACAGCAGAGUUCUGGCUUGUUACAGAUGAAUCAUGGUCAAACUUUAAAUCAGGCUGCUUUGUUGGCACAAAGUCAGUUGCUUGGUCAGAAUACUGUUGUACCACAGGGUCAUGUUCAACAGAUUGUCAAGCGAAUAUCUACAGGCCAAGGCUACUUCAUACAGCAGCAGCAAGUUGGGGGUCUAGUUGGUCAACGAGGAGUCAGCCCCAAUCCAUCUCUAGGUGCCCAGCAACAAAUGUUACUGGGAGGCAACACCAGUGGGAGCACGCCAUCUCCCAGCCCUAUUAUCUCCCAGCAGCUCCAGGGCAUGAUCAUUGGGACACCAGGAAGUUCUAGCUCUAAUAGCUCAUCUUCGGCUUCUUCCAACAAUGGAGCUCCCACCAUGCCGCGGGGGUACACGCAAGUUCCCCCACCACCUUACAGUGAAGCUCAAGCUCAGAUUCAGUCACUCCAGGCUGCUCGUCUAGGAGUGGCCACAAUCACAGGAAUAAAUGGCGGUGCUGUGGGGCAUGUAGAAGGCCUCCAACAGCAAGACCUCCACCGCCUUGAAAACAGCAUCAUGAAUGAUUCUCAACAGAUGAUGCAGAAGAAGCUGGUUGCGUCUGCAGCUGUGACUGCCACUAGGACACCCAUGGGUUCCAGUCACUUACCAGUUAUCAUGCCUUUAGUGCGGAGCAAAGAAGUUCAGAAACCGGUACCCCAGACAGCCACAGCUCCAGUGGUUCCAGCUUCACAAAAUAUCAUAAAUGGAGGCUACAUUUCGCAGGUCCAGACUCACAGUAUCUCAACCCACUCAGUCCAACAACACCUCAAGCAAAACCAGCACACAGCGCCAACAGCGGUGCCUCAGUCAGCCACGGCAGUUCCAACUUCCAUUCGAGAUGUUAGGUUUCAGAUCACGUACUCUCAUCCCAAACAUCAGAUGCCACAAGUGCUCAGAAAUGGAGGCAACAACUACACAGCUGAACAGCUCAUCAAUGCAACUGCACAGCCCACUAUUCAAACUCGUCACCACAACAGCCCCUUCUCUCCAAACCACCUUCAAGGCAUUCGGCCGCAGACCAACAGCAUGUACCCACAGUUUACAAAUGAUGUAUCCAUGUCCACGACCCGCUCAGAUUCACCAGUGUCUCGUGUCACCAGUCAGUCUCCCAUGUCUAUUUUAUCUUCAGCCUCAUCACCCUCCACUAACUCUGAUAUACCAGAGAAACCACCACCUCCUUAUCCUGGAAGGGGAGUAGUUGGAUUGGUGAUGGGACAGUCACCACAGAUUAACCCACCUUUGCUUCCACCUCGUAUUCCUCUUAAAGAGAAGCCUCCGCCUCCUCCUCCCCCCAUAAUAACUGAACAAGACUCUUUGUCUCAGCAAGCAUUAUCUUCCCAACUCCCCAAAUAUCCCCCUUCACAGUUGUCUACUAAUUUCCCACUCACUCCUAGCUCUGCGUCUUCAUCUCCUUCCCCAUCAUCACCUGGCACACCCCUCCCUGGUAGCAUGCCACUGUCUGUCAUGCCUAUUCAUUCAAACAUCAAUAUAAAUAUACAAUCACAGCAAGAUGUAAACAUUACUAGUGCUCAAAAUGGAAAUUCCCUGAAUUUACCUGGACCGCAGGUGGCCAGUAGUACCCCAGUUUCAGAGACUGACGAGACAGACACAGACACAAGCCAGGGAAACAUAAGUAACAAGUGUUCAUCUAAUAAUAGUGCACAAAAUGAAAAGCAUCGGUGCAUGUCUCCACUUCCAGAGCGUAAGUUUGAGGCCAAGGAGAGAGACAGACUGCGGUGUGACACAAAAGUCAAAAUGUAUUCUCCCCAGGCCUUUAAGUUUUACAUGGAGCAGCAUGUGGAAAAUGUGCUCAAAUCACACACACAGCGAAUCAAUAGACGUCUGCAGUUAGAGAAAGAGAUGGCGAAGGUAAACCUUUCAGAGGAAGCAGCCAAACAGAUGAGGAAAAUGCUCCACCAGAAGGAGUCCAAUUAUAUCCGACUAAAGCGUGCCAAAAUGGAUUCUUCCAUGUUUGAAAAAAUUCAGACUCUGGGUGUGGGGGCAUUUGGAGAAGUGGCGUUGGUUAGAAAAAAAGAUGUGGGCUCACUAUAUGCCAUGAAAACCUUGAAGAAGUCUAAUGUUAUCAAACGUAAUCAGGUGGCUCAUGUUAAGGCAGAGAGGGACAUAUUAGCCGAGGCUGACAAUGAAUGGGUAGUUAAGUUGUAUUACUCAUUCCAGGAUGGGGACAACCUGUACUUUGUGAUGGACUAUGUACCAGGUGGUGACCUCAUGGGGCUGCUCAUUCGCAAAGAGAUAUUGGAUGAGAAUCUAGCUCAGUUCUACAUAGCCGAGCUAGUCUUAGCCAUUGAGAGUGUGCACCGCAUGGGGUUUAUCCACCGUGAUAUUAAACCUGACAAUAUUCUUAUAGACAAGGAUGGUCACAUAAAACUCACGGAUUUUGGCUUAUGUACAGGUUUCAGAUGGACACACAACUCAAAAUAUUAUCAGAAAGAUGGUACACAUGCUCGUCAGGACUCCAUGGAAGUCAGUUGUCAAUUAGAUGAUCAGUGUCGUUGUGAUGUCAUCAAACCUUUAGAGAGACGACGGCAACGUGAACAAAAGCGUUGUUUGGCACAUUCCUUAGUGGGCACACCAAACUAUAUUGCCCCAGAGGUUCUUCUACGCUUAGGUUACACUAAAGCUUGUGAUUGGUGGAGUGUUGGUGUUAUUUUAUAUGAAAUGGUGAUUGGUCAACCCCCAUUUUAUGCGAAUACGCCGGCAGAAACACAGUAUAAGGUGAUAAAUUGGAAAGAGACGUUGUCCUUUCGCCAUUGCACCAAUUUAUCUUCAUCUACUAGAGACUUGAUUGUGCAACUCCUUCAAGGUCCUGAAACCAGGUUAGGACGCAAUGGUGCCACAGAGGUCAAAGAUCAUCAGUUUUUUGCUGGAUUAAAUUUUGAGGGUUUACGGCGACAGCCAGCACCCUUCAAGCCAACCAUUCGCUAUCUCACAGAUACUUCCAACUUUGACCCUGUGGACCCAGACAAGUUGAGGACAAAUGACUCAGAAGGUUGUAAGAAAGUGGACUCUAAGCUGGAGAACGGCAAACAUCCAGAACAUGCCUUUUUUGAAUUUACCUUUCGGCGAUUUUUUGAUGAUGGUGGCCAUCCUUGCUCGUUACCGUCUCAACAGGAUCAAGAAACCAACUCACCCGUGUAUGUGUAGAUCACAUUGCUCAUGUACUCGUACAUUCACUAAGUCUUCAUUCAAGUGGUUGAACCUCUGACAACUGGACACCAGACUUGCAUCGUAACAUAUUCAGUUGGAAGGGAAGAGAAUAACUGGUGUAGAUAUGCUCUUUCUUUUGAACUCUCUAUUACGAUGAUAAAUCAUAUGCUUUAUAAUUUUAUCAGAUCUAUGAUGGAUGGGUUUUUAUGCAUACAUAUAUAUAUAUUAUAUAUAUAUAUCUAUCUUGUGACAAGGACACCACAGUUGUCAAGUCUGGGAUUGGUUGUGAGGGGUUCGCUGCUGCAAUGUCUUUCUUCACUUACAGCCUAUUUAUAGGCUGGGCAUCAUAGAAUAUUAUAAAACAAACGCAAAUAAAACAGGACUGUAUAUGUGUUUUUGAGUACAAAAGUUGGACAGUUUGUUUUCAGAAGCAAAGGUUUAGUUAAAUGUGAUUUAAUGAUCAAUUUACUGACUCUCGGCUGAUACUUCAUGUGCUUAGAAAAGUAAGCUAAACUUGACUUGAUAUAUAGAUACCAAACCUCUAAUAAUGUAACAUAUGGACAAUUAAUUUAUUCUGAUCAUGAGACUCUAAAAUGGAUAAGGUGUCUUGAACAAACAAUCUGUACAUUGCAGACUUAAAUAUAUGUGAUAAUCAUUUUUAUUCAAUAUUUGUAUUCUUCAGGUGAAUUUUUUUCCCCCUUUUUUUUUCUCUUUCGUUCUCUUUGUUGAUGCAACAGAAAGUUUUUAAAGGAAUAAUUGCAGAUCUAAUGACAGUUUGUGCCUUUUAUGUCUACUACUUGGGAUCAGCACUAUAUUUCUUCCUUACUUUAUUCAGGGGUUUAUUUCAUCAUGUGCUCCCCCCUACCCUACCAGCCUAUCUGAACACAAGCCUCUAGACCUGAAGAGGUAAACAUUUUGAGAAUUUUCAACGCAGUGGUAACUUCCAAAUGUCUGAUCACAAGAAAUGAAUGCAUACUUAAAAAGUGUAAAGAUAAAAAUGGCAGCAAGUAUUUAAGUCAGAAUUUUUUGUGUUUGUUUAUUCAAAUGUUGUUUUGGAAUGAUACUUAUAUACUGUUAGAAGAACAAAUAAUGGAGUCACCAUGAAUUUGAAUUGCAACUUGUUCUGUUGGAUAUUUAGGUCACUUAACUAUUUGUUUUUUUUCUAAACUGUUUGAAAAUAUCUUUUUGUUUAAUGACACUAUGCAAAAUUUGCCUGGAUCUAUUGUCAUCUGUUUACUGGUUAUGUAUGCAACGGUUUUUAUUUGAUGGGCUUUUAUUUAUCCAAGUCUGAAAAUUCUCAAACUUAAUGUAUCACUGUUUGAUGACAACAAGCAAACAAUAUCUGACCCAGCUAAAUAGUGGACAGGAAUAAAGAGGGAAGGCUUUAUUUUUGUGGCACCAUUUUACAGGUCCAUUUGUUGGACAUGUUUCUUUUUUUUUUUUUUUUUUUCCCAUUUAGUGUAUUUCUAGGUGGGGGGAUCAUGUGUGCAUCCUUCGUAAUCAUAGACUAAAGAUAUAAGAACAAUCUUUUAUUUUUUUAAAUAUUAAUAUUCAUGAUUGAAAUGCGUGUGUGUAGAUGAAAGAAUGUUUGCAAAUGUUUUUACAUAAUGGACAGAAACUGUUUUUAAGCUUAAUUUAAGAACUGAGUUGUUGUUUUAAGGUAAGGCAGGUAAUUCAAUGCUUGACUGUAGGGGAGACAACUGUUUUUUUUUUUAAUGACAUUGACCUAUCAUCAGGAGGGGGGCUACAAGACAGUGACACAUUCCUGGUCUGUACUGCUGUUCAUUUUAUCUUGUAUUAGAGCAUUGGACUUGUAUAUUUUUGUAUUUAAUAUUAACCCAGAUGAUCAAUAUGCAUUUUGCCCUGUACAGUUGGUCUAUAUUUCAUAUCAUUAUAACAAAUUGAUAGGCUGUUACAAGAGCUGGCCAUUUUGUUUUAUUGGAUGUCAUUUUUAAAACUAUUGUUUGGCAGCACACACACAACAGAAAGUUAUAAAAUCUUAAUAAGUUUUUGUGUGCUCGGCUAAAAAGGUUGAAUGUCAUUGAACAAGAAAUGUAUUGUCUCCCUUUGUGAUUGUGUGUAAUUAUUGGAUCUCUGGGAACAGCAAGGAAGAAAAUAGAGCAAUAUUCCUACAGAAAUAGAAACUGUUUCAUGA